UGUAUUGAAACCCCUAUUAUUGUAUUUAAAGUUAAGACAAAAAUCUUAUUUUAAAUCAAAAUUAUAUACAAACACUAUGACUAUGGUAUAAUGUUUCAUCAGAGCAUUUUAUUGUGUUUUUUUGUCUUUUGUUGUUAUUGUUUGUUGCCUAGUAACUGAAUGUUUUACUGCCCAAUUUGUGUAUGGUGCUAUGCUUCUGAUUAGUAUACGUUAGUAAUGCUAAACAGCCAAAUAUUUUAUUUUAUUUACUCAUAAAAGCUGAUGCAUUUUUUUCAAAAUCAUUGGCGGUCACCUCGUGAUUUUCUCUUUUCACAUAGCUUCAAAACUGUCACGAGUCUGCGACGAUUAGCACAGUGUUUUGUAUGUACAGUAUGCACGGACAGAAAUCCAGUGAAAAUGCGUUCUACAUGUAACGGACCAAGCCAAGGGGUAUCCGACUCGGGGCCCUCGACGCCGUUUUUUUUUUUGGCUCUCCUCCGCAGAAGACCUAUAGUAAAAAAAAGUCACAGUGAUAUUGUACAUCAGAAUUGUCAUAAAGGCAUGACUAACAAUAUAAUAUUUAUGAAAACUGCACGCCAUGAAAAUAAAAGACAAGAGUCCGGUUCAGCAAUUGUCAACUGAAUGCUAACGGGUCGAUCGUUACGGACGGCUGGAAAACCCCAUACGAUAGAGGGGAGAAAAAGGAGACCAUUGUCGCUGCGGUCCUGUACCGACGUGAAAAAUCGUUCGUAAGAAGAAGAAUAAGGGAGGACGAAAAACAAAAUCCGUUCGCCUGUGCGCCCGGCCAUGUCAUUGUUCAAAGUUCGCGACUGCUGGUCCACCGAGUGCGGCCGAGGCACGGAGACGUUCGGAUGCGACGGCCUGGUGGUGGACGACCUGUUCGGCGCGGGCGAGGACAACGUCAUCCUGGGCAGCUUGGACGGUGUGCUCAGGGUGUACGGCAUGCACGCCGCGCCGACCGCGGCCGAUUUACAUUACUCGCCGUCCGAUCUGCUGGUCGAGGUGCAAACCGACAGCCCCGUGCUGCAGGUGUGCACCGGAAAGUUCGUCAGGUCGGUAGACAGUCGCGCCGAGCGGAGCAUCCGAGUUGGGUCUCGAGUACUAGGGGCUAAACGCAGUUGCUCGCCGAACAAGUACAUAGCGGUCCUUCAUCCGUUUUCAUUAGUCGUGCAUGGAGUCAACCGUAUCGCUGGAUCUACAGAUCAUGGCGAUCAGUACGUGUUGGAAACGAUGUACGAGCACAAAUUCGAGCGGAGUGCCUAUCAAGUUAUCGCGGGCCCUUUCGGUGGCGGGACGGGCAGCAGAGAUUUCUUGUGCGUGAUGUCGUUGGACGGCGCUGUUUCGGUGUACGAGCAACAGGCGUUCGGUUUUCGUACGGCCCUGCCCAAUUACUUGCACCCGUUCCCUAUGAAGUACGUUCGAUCUGCGGACGCAUUCAUUACGUUAAACGCUGACUUCUGUCUGGUCUGUUACAAGUACCAGGAGCUAGCGGACCCGAGUCAGAAACAAAAGUGUCCCGUUUGGUCGUGUACAUUGGGAGAAACGGUGUGCGAUAUUCAGACGGCAGAAAUAACACCAUCUGCGACUACAAUACACGUACUGGGCGAACGGAACUACUAUUGUUUUCAAGGCAACGGUGUGCUAUGGUUUACGAAACGGCUACAGUACACUCCUUGCUGUUUCCACCCUUAUAUUUUAGGCGAUCACUCCGAAGUUAAAACCAUGUGUAUGAUCGUAUCUGAUACCGAUACUGUUCUAAUAUACGAACAAACGAAACUUCGAUGGUCGGCUAAGCUGUUUUACCGUCCGUGUAUCAUUGCCAGAGCAUCUUUUAAAGCGUUACAAGGCUGUUUGGUACUGUUGUCGGAGACAGGCGAUUUGAGGUUUUGUUAUUUGGGCACCGAACCCAUGAUAUUUAUGGCUCCCGAAAGACCGCCCGAAGACUAUAAAGACACUAAGAACCAGCUAGUUCAGUUGAAAAAAGAACUGCAGAACAUGUCAUUACGAGACGAGGCCGAUACUCUACCGUUAUUGAAAUUGAACACUCGUAUUCUGAGCGUACGUUCAGAAGGCCCGCGGAAAUUGUGUAACGUCGAAGUAGACGUGACGCCAUCUCUAGCCAUAUCCACGGUGCAAAUUACAUUUCAAACGAUCACUCCACUUGUCAUCUUACCAAAGGUUGUACAUUUAAAAGACUUGACCGAGACCAUGACGAUCCGAGCGUUGGCGCACAGGGACGACGACGACUCUGAGUCCGUGGUUUCGUCGAUGGAGUGCACGACGUACGCGUAUUACUCAACGGCGUCGGACGAGCUGGGCGUGGUGCAGCAGAUCGUGCGGCUACCCCUUUCGCUGGCCUACGAAUCGCACCCGACGCCACCGUCGGACUUCAGUUGGUCGGCCAAGAUCGUGGUCGACGAGACCCCGGUAGCCCUGAGGACGCUGUUCAACGAGUUCGUUGAUUCAUCACCAUCGGAAUUGUGUUUUCGAGCAAUUCCGGGUUUUAAUGCGAAAUACGUCUGGGUUACCGCGGUACCUGCAAUCCGCUCUUAUGAAAUACGGUCAUCGGGUUCCGAGUAUGCGAAUGUCGUUUUCGAAGAGAUUUUGUUCAGGCAUAAGGAAUACUAUAAGAGUAAAGCAUGUACCGUGCGCUGUGAUAAAAACGAAAUUCUCGUCGCAGAAUUGUACAGGAUAAUCGAGGAACAUGUGGUGCUCAAAGAAAAGCUCCAGUUCGUAGAGGAUGAAACGUCGUUAUUAUGUUCACAAUAUCGAGUUAUACAAAAAUGCUUGUUUAACAAACUUAAAGAAAACACUGUGCAAUCAGUAUCCGGACUUAGCAUAUUGAUUGAUGAUACGCAUGAAUCAUUAAUGGAGAAAACUUCUGAAACAAAAUUAAUCCAAAAGGAAUUGAAAGUUAAAUUUUCCGAUUUAUUGUCUGUAACGAGGUUAUUGGUGAAUAUGCUCAGUUUGUGUUCUAAAAAUGAUACAAUUCUUGAAGAAUUCAAAGAAACAGUUGUAUACUCGACCGAAAACCAAAAUUGGGAAGAUAUAGUUUUACAAUCGUUGAGUUAUUUGAUCGGUAACAAAAUUACGCUGAACGUCCAUAACGAUGUACCAGCACAUCUUAUUAUGAGCUUAAAAACAUUAAUUGAUUUUGAAAUAAAACGCAUAACGACUGUCAAUGAUGAAGUACCGAAUAAAUUGAAAAUAGAAAAUUCACGAGGAGCUGUAUCGCCUAUUCCAGAGUCCGAAGAAGAUUUCUACACUUAACUAGAUCUAAAUAUAAAUAAUAUAUAAAAUAUGAAUUACGCGUCAACAAUAUUCUUAUUGCGUUAAAAAAAGAUUUAUGUCACGAAAUAACGUUGAGUGUAUGAUGAAAACGAUACGUGCUUCUGUUUUUGUAUAGUAUGCGUUUACUUAUUUUUUAUUAUUUUGUGUGAAUUAUAUUUGCGUAAUUGAGUUUUGCAUAAUUAAAAUGUAACAAGUUUUGUUGCAACGAAACGAA